ACUGUUAUGGGAGAAACAACUACACUUACAGUUAUACUGUGUUGAAGACUCAGAGUGCCUUUUGUUUUGUUUUUCCUCACAGACGUGGCAGAUCAGGCAUAGUGAGGAAAUGCAACUGAAAGCUUGAACAACUGUCUUGAUUCCCCUUUCUCUUAUAUGUGUGUAAGGACUGUGACUGCAGGUUUGAAUGUUUUUGGUUUUUUUUAGAAAGCACAAAAGCUGGCAGUCUCCUUGUUUUUGUUCCUUGACAGUCUUAAAAGACUUUUCUGGUAAAAAUGUUUAAGUAAUAGCUAGAUAUCUGUGACCUUCCCCCCCCAGCCCCCUCCUCCACCUCUGCAAAAACUGUUUAAGUUCACCACACUGAUAAGGUCUAUAGUUGAACGAUGGCAUAGCUUUGGGGAAUGAAGGAGUAUGCCAUGCUUUUCAGCAAAUACAGUCUGCAAACACAGGUUAAUGGUUAACUACGCUUAAGUCUGGAAACCAUCAUAUAGUAAUUACAGCUAAUUAUGAGACGAUACAAGUGCAUUGACAUUUGGUGUCCUGGGAACACACUGUACCUUCAAAACGUGCUGCUGGGAAAAGGAUUCAAAUACUACUGCGCCUUCUUAGGACAGAAAUACCAUUCUUCAGAAUAAAAUAAAUGAUCUUAUAGCAACGCCUGGCAUAAGCACACAAGCCUAUCUGCUUUAGUGAAAGUUUGAUGUAAGUAACUCUAAAGAAAGAUUAGUCUAUUACCACUUUAAGGGGGAGCAUCUUGUCCAGAUGUACAAUAAAUUCUUGCUUCUGUUUGGCUGAGGAGCAAUGUAUAGAGCAAAGACAGUUUCUUGUGAUGUACUUUCAAGCUCUUCAGGAGCUUGUCCCUAGCAUACUCUGUUUUGGCUUCUGUGUAUGUGUUGAGUAUGUGCCACAGUGCAAAUGUAUCAAGUGUGUUGUGCUUCCCUAUGACUCCCCUUCUUGGUAGCCUCUGUGAAAUCAGAAUUUUUAUAGCCAGUUUUUCCUGCCUUUCUGCCUUCAAAUGAGAGGCUGUGGCAGAAGGAAGAACUGGCUUCCCAAUAUCUUCUUUGCAGGACUAAAUGAAUCUGUUCUUUAUCCCAUUGUAUUUAUCCUUUUCAUUACAUAUAUUGUACCUUCUGCUGAAAGUCAGGUUCUGCAAAUGAAUCUCAGCUCUUAUGGCUAGCUUUUCUGCACAGUUCAUCUCACCAGCAUUUCACAAGGUCAACAGGAGCAGAGCAACAAGUGAGGGCUCAAAGGCCGUGGCUCUUAAAGCUUCAUCUUGAGAACACUUACAUUUAGGCACAACUUUUCCACUGAACGUCCCCUUUGUUGACCUCAGAGAUUACUUGGAUUCUUGCAACUGAGCACAAAUGUAAAUGCUUACAAGUUGGCUAGUACAGAACUGGGAGGUGAGCUAGAAACAUAGCUAUGGAGUGUAGAGCUUAUUUUCCUGCUCCCGGGCUAUGGACUGGCCAGCUGGAUGGUUUGACUGGCCUCAUCUACUACCCUAAGAAGAUAGGUGUCUUUUGAGGUCCCCUGGAAUGUCUUCUGGGCCAAGGGAGCUGCUCAGGUGGCAGUCAAGGCCUCAUUUGGGCCACAGAAUCUAUCCCGAGUAGCACGUGGAAAUCAAGGCCUGGUUUAGGCCUUGGAAUCCAUCCAGAAUAGCUUAACUUUGUGUCAUAGUGUGGGAAUCUUUACAGAAAAGGCAACGCUGCAGUCAAGACACUGCUUCAUAGUUCAAGAAGUAGUAUUUCUUGCACUUAUUAAAAGCACAGUAGUUAGUGUCAUCCAGCCACUGCAUCAGUCUCGCAGGUCAAUUGUGUUUAUACUGAUUAGUUUCUGGGGAUGCUCAGUGCGUUCAUGAUCAUGGUAAGGAGGAUAUGCAGGACUGAUGGAUGACAGCGGUUCAGUUGAUCUGUGUGUGGUGUGUACUGGAGAAUAAAAACGUAGUCUUGAGCGUGCUUAGGUUGCUUCAGUUCUGUCGGCCUUCGAUUUGGUUAAUCAUAGAAUCAUAGAAUUACUCAGGUUGGAAAGAACCUCAAAGAUCAUCAAGUCCUUUAAUAGCAUGGUUUAAGAAACAGCUCUGCGGUAUCUGUAAAUGCCUUUUAGGAGCAGGGAUGAAAGUACUCAUAUUGAUGUUUUCUGUGAUAGUAGGCAUUUGGAGUACCUGGCUUCUCACAAGCAAAGCUUCUCUUGAUUUACAGUGAGUUUAUGCUUCAAUCCCAGCACACCUGUUUUUUGUUGUACUCAAAUAUACAUGGGGGCUGCCUUGAAAACUGAGGUAUUAUCUGAGUUAUAUUGUCUGCAUUGACCUAAAGAGAAAGGAAAUGGUUGAAAAUGUAGCUGAAGGUGCAUUUGGAUUAAAACACUCAGAGAUCAUGGAGCACAGGGAAUCAAUAGAUUUGUAGCAAGUUUCUGUGGUCUUUGCAUGAAACUAAGUGCCGUGAAGUAGUUUUAAUUCAGUACUGUUCGGAUAAAACGGGAAGAACAACUAGGAUUUUUUUUUUUUUUAACCUUGGGGAAAAAAGGCUUUGUUAUAAAUCUGUUGUCUUUUAAAAUAGAUCUUUGUGGUUUGUGGUCAUGCUUGGAAUAUCUUUAUUUCCUUAAUUAAAAUGCCUCUCAUUUUGAGACUAAAUUGGACUGGAGGGAGAUUGCGAAAAAGGCAGUCUUGCUGAGAUUCCCUACUUUCCUUGAAAUUAGUUUGGAUGAGAAAUGAAAUUCAGGUGCUAUUCUUAAGUAAAGCCCUUUGGCUCUGUCAGGGUUGCUAUACUGUUGCAUGUUUGGAAAAGGAUAAUUUUCUUUUCCUGCCAUUUACCUUGAUUAUAACUCUUCUAUACAUAGGUUUCUCCUGCUGCUCUAUGUGCAUAGCUACUGAUUUUAAAAGAAAGCUUGAUGUACGGUAUGCAUGCUGUCUUUUAAACAUACACAACAAUAUGGAUAAAUGUAUAACACAGGGAAAACAAGUCCCAUCUAAACUAUGUCAGAAGAAUAUUAUUACUCCAAUUUCUGUUUGGUACGUGUUUCUUUGCUUUUCCAGUCUCUCAAAGUGCCUAGCAUUCAAGUUUUUCAUGUGUUCUUUUGAUUUUUUUGUUUUUCCUACUGUAUGGCUGCUGUCAGAUGGCUGUCCAAUAAGACUGGAGGGUAACUUUUAAGGCAAAGUUUCAAAGAUUAUAUUUAUUUGUACACACAUGGAGAUAGGAGACUAGAAAGCUCUUGAUUGAUACUGGAACAAUAUGUCAGGGCAAAAUAUUUUCUUAAAGCUAAAUUGCAGGUGUGUGUAUAUAUAUAUUUACUAUCUGGGCCUAUCAUUUAGACUAUCUUUUAUAAUUUGGUUGAUCAUAAGGGAUGAAAUUAGAAGCAGUCAGUCUAGCUAAUUUUUAAAACUGACAGCUUCAAUAUAGGAAAAAUGUAUUUCAGUAUCAAAGAGUAUUUUGCUGCAUUACAUUUUGUUGAAUGAGUGUAAUUCUACUCUUUUUUUUUUUUUUGGAUCCUUUCUUUUUUGUCAUGUGUUGUCAUUCAGUAUCUAGUAGUAUUCUGUAGAAUUAAGAAAAAAUAAGUCACUUAUUUGUGCUCACUGUACUGCUCUUCAGUCUUUCUUAAGAGACCUCUAAUUUUUUAAUGCUGAAUUCUGUCAGUUGACUUCAGAGCAAAACAAUGGUGCAGAUUUUAUCAUUGAUUUUCUUUAUUUCUUUCUGUUAUGAGGACAUAUUCACUCUUUUCCAAUUUAUUUUAGGUGUUAAAAGAGAACUGAAUAGGGAUAAGGAUCCUGUUGAGCUGAACAUGACACAGAUGAGCCUCUAAAGAUGGAUUGUCCUCCCAAGCACUAGUUGUUUGCAUUUGUGGUUAUUUUGGCUUAUUAAACGUCUCAGUAGUUAUUACAGACAUAGAAAUUUUGCAGCAGUUCUGCAUACCUGUCAUUCUAGCAAAGCACGUCUACGAAACUAGGAAUUAGUCUCAAGAGUUUCUAGCUUGUAGACUUACUUGGGAAGAAUGCCAGAAAGAGAUGAAAUGAACACCUAAGGAAUUGCAUUAAAUUCAACUUUAUCAAACUAAAAAAGGUUCUUGGGUUGUAGGUUGCUUGUAGGAUUUCUCUGACAAAUAGGCUGAGCGCGGAAGCUCAAGGAAUGAUAGGAAUUUUCUUUGUCCUCUGGUAAACUCAGCUUGGGAUGUCAAAGUUAAUUGGGUGAUUCUUGGGGUUAAAAGUGAGUCUUGGGCCUGAUUCUGCCUCUGCUGUCCUUUUAUGCUGGGGUGGGAAAAAGGGAAAUGGGUCACAUGCAUGGAAACUGGACUUGUAGACGGAACCUGGUGGGUAGGUUUGGUGACACAGAGCUGGAGUUACCAUCUGUUCGCUUACGUUUCUGUCAGCUCUGCUAUGGUAAUGGAGCUGAUAAAACUCCUGUUGUUAACCUCUCGUCAGUGCUCCCUUUAUCUGUCGAGUCAGAAAAUGAUAGUUUUCUGUAGCAACUUUUAGGAGUGUGUAUUUAGAGAAAGCACGUUUACUCCUAAUGCAAUUUCAUGCAUUUCUACUUUAUCCAUUUUGUAUACUGAAGUUUUAAUCUGGGACAGCCCCAUUCAAAUACACGUAUUUAAGGAAAUCCAGAUGAGAAUUUGAAAUGAGUAUUGUUCAGAGUAAUAACGUAGUGUGAGCGUUUGACUGUGGCACCAUUGAAAUAUCCCUGCUUAGUACCAUUGGCAGAAUUAAUGAGCUAUCAGUGCACUGCUUUGUAUAACACACAGGUUGCAGGUGCAUGUGAGAAGACCAAACAAUUUAGGUAGAAAAAAAAUGUUCUGUAGAAGUGUAACAAAUUUAGCAACUUUAAUUUCCAUCUUUUGUAGAGUCUUUUUAUGUUCAGGUUCUGUGUGAGUAUAUAUAUAUAUAACAUAAGUAAUGUAAUAAUUUUCCAUACAUAUUUAUAUAAUGAAUAAUAAAUAAGAGGAGGUUUGAAAACUCCCUCCCCGCGCCCCCCCAACACUCACACACCCUCUGCUGCUGAAAUUAUAGAAGUGAAAUCUGAGCCCUUCCUUGUCAACACUAGGAAGGUUUUACCUUCGUGCUUCUGGCAGACUCAGGCCAGGAAGCUUACUUUGGGCCUAGUGCUUAAGCAGGAAUCCAAGAGUUUCCUUGUCAUCCUUUGAUGCGCACCAGUCCUCCUUCCUCAGCAGGAGAGGAGGGCAGUUCCAGCUGCCUCCAGCUGAUGUGGAGGUAUGAGAGACCACUUCCCCAAGUACUACAGAACUAGCUAUGAAGCUGUCUGUUCAGACAGGGAGGGCAUGGAUGUUCGUGCCUUUGCUCUCAGGGCAUUUCUGCAGCUUUUCAAGCACCCAAUAGAGGCUUAAUGUUCUUAUCCUUGACCUAUAAGAUGGAGAUAAAUGUUUGCUUCUGCAAUACACAGUUCUAAUCAGUUGAGAGUAUUUCCUUUUCUCCUCUUGAUUCAACCUGAAAUGAAACAUAUAGGUGCUUUGAAAAUACACUUCCUCUGAUUUCCUUUUUUGGUGUUUGAAUUUGCAUUUUUCCUUUCAGAUCAUAGGAAGGAACAGUUUCCCCACUUAUGUUUUGAUUUGGCUUUUAAUUUUUAGCUCACCUGUAGACUGCGUCUUAUCCCAGUUAGUUUGCAUGUCUUCCAUCAGUGGUCAGUAUAGCUCAAGGCCUUCCUUCCUGUGGUAUUUUGUUUACCUUCCUCAAGGCCAGACUGGAUGUGGCUCUGGGCAGCCUGGUCUGGUGGUUGGCAACCCUACACAUAGCAGGGGGGUUGAAACUCGAUGAUCGUUGUGGUCCUUUUCAACCCAGGCCAUUCUAUGAUUCUAUGAACACACUGCGGGGCUUUGAAGUACUGUGCCGAAGAAAUACAAGGCAGAUUGGUUUAAUCAGAUGAGGUCAAAUUUAUCGGACCCCCUGUGACGAUUUAGCUCAAUGAUGUGAGUGAAACCUUUCAUACUUUUUUUUGUCUGUCCCACCUUACCAUGGAAGCAGGAAACAUCCAGAUAGAAAUCCUUUAAUUCAAAGGAAAAAAAAAGGAUAUUACUUUAAUUUCAUACAGUUGCAUAUUUUAGGCACUAGAGGGCAGACUUGUACCUUUGUGUAUAAAUUAAUAACUGCAAACUAAAAUAAUUAGCCGUAAAUCUAUAGAAAUAAAUGCCUGAUGAAAAUAAACAUUUUGAUGCGCGUGUUUUUUUAAUAAAGCAAAUAGGAAUAUCACUUUUUACUUUAGUCAAAGCUGUUUCAUUAAGGAUUUAUUGUUGUUGUGUGCUCUAAAUUGCUUCAGCGCUCUGAAAUUUGCUGACUGAUUUCAGUUGAAAUAGCAGUGACAGGGUUGAUAGGCAAGCUGAUUCCCUUCUGUCUCUCGUUCUGUAAAUACAUUACCUCAUAGAAACUGUGCCUAUGCUAUGUUCUGUGCUCACAGGUAACUGGGUAAACUAAGUUUUCCUUUCAGAUAACUAACAAGAAUACUGCGGGCAAAAAUCAGUCACCUGAUAUUUGGGUCCAAGAUGACCAUUUCUGCAGUGCAUCUCUGUAAUUCUUUUCCUAGUAUGAAGUUUGAAUAUAAUUCUGCCAUGCAAAUGGGAAGCAUUUUGCAGUGAGGUAAGUAAGAGAUGGCAGGCACCAGCAGAACAUAACGCCUCUUGCUUGUCUUAGCUAUUCUUUCCCUUUGUUAAUUUCUCAAUAGCAGGUAUGUUUAAAAAGAAUAAUAUAGUAAUGGAAUUGAUUCACUCAGUGCUGUCUUGUGGAUAUUAAAAAAUGACUGAUUUAUUGCUUGUUAUCUCAGGUUUUACAAAUGGCAGGAGAGCAUCUGGGACGUGCCUGUUACAUAGAAAAAGGCUCGUGUUGCAAUGAUGUUGGAAAAGCAGCAGUGUGAUUAGUUGAUACAGACAUAGAGGAUGCUGAUACCUGGCAUAAGAAUGCCAGUGGGGAGGAUCUAUCAGCUGUCUGUGAUAAAAUUCCUUUCCACACAGAAGAAUGUAUGAAAAACAUUCUUCAGAUGGAUGUUGCUAUUAACGUCUCCUCCUUUCAUGGAUUUCAUAGUAUCUAAUGACUGUUCUAAAGAUUCAGCUCUCAAAUUAGUUUAUUUAAAUAUUUCCUGAUUGUAAGGAAAACCUAAUUGAUUCAGUUUUUAUAAAAGCUUGCACAUGCAAGUUCCCGAGGCUUCAGAAUUAGUCCCUAAAUUAAACAAUUCAUAAUGACUUCUGUUUGGCCUCAUGAAGUUGUUGACUUGGUCCCAUUUCACCCGCCAUCUUCUCUGGUCCUAAGACAUUCUUUCUCUAAAGCAGUAUUUUCUACUUGCCUUUUUAAUAGUACAGGCAGACGAUAAGUGUUUUUAUAGAUGAGAGCAACAACACCAAAAGGACCUUUUCUCAUCUCUUUUUUUUUCAUCUGAGCAUGUUUUUUAUUGUACCAUUUCAUUUUCAGCUGCUUCAUUACUAAGAGUGGUAAACAUCCCUCUGAGACGAGAGCAAUGACCUCAAUUAUGCAGAAACAUACCUCUCCAUUUGGAAAAACCUAGUGUGAGUGGCAGCAUUCCACAGAGCCCAAGUGAAGGACAUGUGCGUUGUUCCCACCUAAAAUAUAAAUGCAGCAGGAUCUCUUCCUUCUGCUACAAAGCACGUUCAACAUCCUCUUUUUUCUACCUUUGUUUCUUAGUUGAAUUGCAGCUCUGGCAAAUAGACACUUAUAGUUGUGUGAUUUGUUUAUAGCAAAAGGGGUAAAAUGGGAGAUGGGUAAAUAUUAAGAAGAAUAUACUCAAUUGAUAGAUGUUUUCCUACCUCUUCCUACUUCUAAACGUGUCACUAAUUGCCUGAAACAAUAACAGGUAAAACACCUCAGAUGUAAAUUACGAUGUUCAGAGGUGAUAUUGUGCCUUGUGGACAGCUGCAUCGUACUUGGCUGCCAAGAGCUGCUUCCCCCUUCACGUGUUUGCUGAAGAGGUUGUCUGUUGCAAGACUUAGCACAAAGAUACCUCCACUAAGGCUAAUGGACACUUGUACUUCAACUUGUCUUUUCUAGAUCUCUUUGUCUCCCUGUCUUUUUUUUCUCUCUUUGUGGUUUCCUGGACCGCUUAACUCCUGCUUUUUGGAUGAUCAUACUCACUUGCCUUCUUCGCAGCUGUGAGACAUUGGUCAGAGGCAUCCCUACUCCUUAUUGAGGAUUUUGCUUUAAUGUUUUACUCCAUUUCUUUUUCUAGUUUUUGGAGUGUUUCUAAAGAAUGAUGAAACUUGGGUGAGUCGUAACUGAAAAUGUAAGAACAGUUACUUUACUUACUCAUUUAAUGCACUUUUAAGAAAUGGUGCCCUGGGAAGCAAGUAAUAUCAUUACACUCGGAUGUUCUGGUAUUAUCAGGUGAUUAAUCUUCAUUUGCACUAAACAUUUUGGACAUUUUUUUUUUUCAGUGCUCAGUGUGUUAGACUAUAUAAUGCACUGGCAAUCUACAGCUGCUCAUGAUGGGUGCCUUCUGGGGAAUGCUUGGAGAAUAAGACAAUUGGCUAAAUGAAAUGAAAAUUUGCCUGAUUCUGGUUGGCAGACUUAUCUGCUUAUAGGUCCCAGAAGCUUUUUACUGAGCUGUAAGGUAUGGUAUAUAGAAUAGAAAAUAUGUAUCAGGUGCUACGUAUAAUACAAAGGUAAUAGUGUUGUUUUAGACUGGGAGUUGGACAUUAAAAAGAAGAUUAGAUGUGUGGAAUUAUAUUGGACAUGAACGUGUCGAUCUGUAAAAAGUUACCUGUAAUGGCCCUUAAACAGCAGAGUGCUUGGGUUCGUUCACUGGAAACUGGUGCAAGCUUUGCUUAUAUUUGCCAUCUGUAGCCCGGGGGUCCAGGAAGGAAACUCUUAACAAAAGUUCCCAAAUGGCAAGGACAGCUAAGGCAGCAUAAAGAGUUUCAUUAUUAUCCUUGCAUCUUCUGGUGCUGUCGGGGGAAUGAAUGUACUGCUGUUCCAUCAUCCACUUCCCCUGCUCAGAUGUAUUUUCUGUCUCCUACGCUCCUCGCAAGGGUCUCCCCAGGUCCAUGGGAUGCUGGGAGCUGUUAGUGCAGGGGUUGGUCAUUGCCAACCUGAUCUGAUUAGGGACAGUUGCUGAUAGGCUCUGGGUGUCAUGCCCAUCUGCAUGCUUGCUCGCUGCCAAGGCUUCCUGCAGCAUCUCCUUGCUGGAUGGGCUGUGGUUCAGUUCCUGUGCACAGACAUCUCCUUGGUCUCAGUACCUGCACUGCCUCUGUGCAGGGACUUGUUUUCUGGUUCACGUAUUCCCACGUGGGUAAGCUGGCAGCUGUUGCUGUUGCAAAGAGGUUCCUUUAGUUCAGAGUGGCCUGAAAGAGCCCGGGAGCACACACAGAGAAAUACCGCUGUAUUUUCAAUUAUCCUUUCAAAGCUGUGGGGGCAAACUUGUACAAGCUAUAUGGGUAUUCAUGUGAAGGAACAUCUGCUCGUACGGAUAACAUUAGGAAUCACUGUACUUUAUGCCAAGUUUCAUUGUAAUUUGAAAUCUUGUUCCGUGACUCAUUUAUUUUGAAUAAAAUCUGAAUUAACCUAUAGAAGGUAUGAUUUUCCUUUUGAAAUGGACUGUGACAUUAUCCGACCAGCCAAUUGAUUGUUUACUCUGUUCAUUCAAAAUGGAAGGCUGUGGAGCAGGUAGCUUCUUUGAAACUCAACACUGCAUAGAGGCUGGGUUUAUUUCUCCCUCUCUUCAUGUAGCGUUGAACAGAUAGUAACAACCUGUCCUAUUUCUGAUGGGUGUGUGGGCAUGUUCUUUUUCUUUUCAGCCUCUGAGAAUUAAAAUCUGUUAGGAGCUGGGACCCCUUGGGAGGUGAUAGAGAAGAGCGCUUUCCACAGCCUUAGCUUGUAUUACCCUCAGUUUCAUUUUCUCAGUACAUUUUUAAGUGGAUAAGCCCCCAGCAGGUUGGGGUAGAAUUGCAUUUACUGAUUUGUGUGAUUCUAACUCAUAGGCAGGAUCAAAGCAGACAACAUUAUUAGCUGGGGUAGCUAUCAGACCUGUAGCUUCAUGUGAGCCUUUUUCUAAUUCAGAGGUUGGUUACUGUUUGGUGUGGCUUUCUGCAUUGGAGACACACAAGCAGCUGUUAAUCUUUGAGGGCUGUAUUAGACUAAGGGCUAUAUUGAGUGAGUCCUUGGUAAAGAUCAUGCAUGAGGCAAUAGUGUGAAAAGUAGGUAGUUUUGGUGUUGUAUACGUCACUCUGAAAAACCUUUGUGGCAGGGGAUGAUGUCCAUUUCAUGAGUGGGUCCUACUGAGGUAAAAGAUGAAAUUGAGCCACUACCAUAAAGCUGUUCUGAGCUGUAAGGAUAUAUCUGCUGGUGUACAUAGUUUCUGUUCACUUGAUGCUGUUUCUCAAACUUGAUGCCUUCAGAAGGAGAAAGUAUUUGAAAUGUUAGCAGGAGCGCUCAUCACUGAAUGCAAAUCAGACAGGUAAAUGGUGGCCUGAUGACUGUUAAGUGCAGCCAUUCUGUUUUCAUCAUCAGUUGUGUCUCCAUGGUGCUUCUCUUGCCUGUUAAGGCGUUGGCCUUCAGGGUCCCUGGUAGGCUGUUAUGUCCAUGCUUCCAGGUUGGGACAGACAACGCUGACCUGCAGCUCUUCCAGGGUGUUCGUGCUGGUGAGACUGUCAUGUCUGCACCAGAAACAGCCUCUUCUAGACUGAAGGGAGUAUUUAUUUCUUCUUACUAGCUGGUGCUGGUCCUAACGGUGGUUGCUUUUCUCCAGCAGUCCUGAACAGCAGAAGUUUUUAUUGGCCUCCGGUGCUUUUUUUUGCUGGUUCUCUGGAAAGCCUUACCCAAAGGAGAUGCAGUAAAACAAUGCAGGCUGAGAUCCUUUACUCGUGACAGCACUGGUUUCAAGUGCAGCAGUUGAGCAGGUCACAGUAAUGAAAGGCAGUAGUAGGAAUAAGGAUCAUUCGACAGAAGGAGAAGGAACUGGGAAGCGACCAAAAAGAAAGUGUCUUCAGUGGCAUCCCCUGCUUGCCAAGAAACUCCUUGACUUUUCUGAAGAGGAGGAGGAAGAAGAGGAGGAGGAAGAUAUUGAUAAGGUGCCUCUCCUUGGCGCUGAUGGUUUAGAGCAGGAUGCUGAUGAAACCGAAGAUGACGAGUCCUCCGAGCAACGAGCUCGCCGACCAAUGAAUGCAUUUCUCUUGUUCUGCAAACGCCAUCGCUCUCUGGUGCGAAAAGAACACCCUCGCCUCGAUAACCGUGGCGCAACCAAGAUCUUGGCAGAUUGGUGGGCUGUUCUAGAUCCAAAAGAGAAGCAGAAAUACACUGACAUGGCCAAGGAGUACAAAGAUGCAUUCAUGAAGGCAAAUCCAGGGUACAAGUGGUGCCCCACAACAAACAAACCUGUGAAAACCCAGACAUCCACUGUUACAAGCAGGAAGAAGCUGUGGGCCUUCCCUUCAGAUUCUGCAAAAGAUAUACCAAGCCCAAGAAAAGUGACAAAAAGUGAAGAAAUGCCACAGCUUAACUUUGGGAUGGCAGAUCCUACACAAAUGGGAGGCCUGAGUAUGCUGCUUUUAGCUGGGGAACAUGCCCUGACUGCACAAGAGGUUUCCUCAAAUACUUGCCAAUCUGAUGCGACUGAUUCUACGGAAGUGUGUCAGAAGUCAUCAUUGUUUCAGUUUGCAGAGAUCUCUUCAAGCACAUCACAGCCAGGAGUUCCAGGAGCUGUAAAACAAACGGAGGACUCUGCAUUAUUUCAGUUUGCUGAGAUUUCAUCAAAUACUUCCCAGCUGUCAAGUCCUGAGCCAGUAAAGCACUGCGGGAAGUCGGCACUCUUCCAGUUGGCAGAGAUUUCUUCAAGUACAUCCCAUUCAGGUCCUGAUUUAACAAAGCAGUGUGGAACAUCAGCAUUAUUUCAACUGGCAGAGAUGUGCCUUGCUUCAGAAGGGGUGAAAGUGAAAGAACCUGGGAAAAUAAAAGUGGAAGUAUCAGAAGAUGUGACAAGGGAAGUUCCAGAAAUGGAAGUGGAAGAACUGGAGAAGACAACAAUAAAAGACUCCUGUACAGGAAAAAUGGAACAAUCAGAGAAAUUGCAAAACUGGGAUGAGGCAAAAGCUGAGGAAUUAGAAACUGUAAAAUGCAGUGAUUUUACUUGUCUUCUAAAGGAUAGCAAUCCUUUUGAGAGAAAUGAUAACACAAAGGAUUACAUGUGCCGUUCUCCAGAGCUUUCGUUAGCUGAAAUGAGUAUCCUUGGGCUAGGCAAGCCGGAAAAGUUGAAGAAGAAGAAAAAGAAAAAUAAGUUGGACCGGCACACAAAUGAAAAAUCCACCCCUAAAAAGCCUUGUAAAAAGAGGCAGUCCUCCGAGUCGGACAUUGAGAGUGUAAUGUAUACAAUUGAAGCUGUUGCAAAAGGAGACUGGGGUGCUGAGAGACUUGAAGAAACUCCACGCAAAAAAGCCCGCCCAUCCUCAAAUGUGAAGGGAAGCAUGUUGGAUACAAAAUCACCAAAGAAAAAAGUGAAAUCUAAAGAGAAGAAGACAUCAAAGGAGAAACCCAUGGAGACCACCAAAGAAUCAAAGCCUCCUGAUUUCCUAAGUAUUACAGCCAACAAGGAAGUACCCUGUGAGGCUUCUGAUAGCAUUAAAGUGGAACCACUGACCCCAACAGAGGAGGUGGUACCCCAGAGCUUACCAGAACAGGUCAAAACUGAGGACAGUGACUGUGUUAAAAAAAUAGAAACCUGUGGCUCCAGGAAAUCAGAGAGAUCUUGCAAAGGUGCUCUUUAUAAAACUCUGGUGUCAGAGGGCAUGCUUACGUCUCUGCGUGCUAACGUGGACAGAGGAAAAAGAAGCUCAGGAAAAGGCAACUCCUCAGAUCAUGAAGGAUGCUGGAAUGAAGAAAACUGGGCUUUUUCCCAAAGCGGGACAAGCGGGAACAAAAAACUGAAAAGGCCGAAGCCAAAGGAAGAAUUUGUUUUUGGCUUAGCAAAGUUGGAAGAAGAAUUUGAAAAGAAAUUCAACAGCCUCCCUCAAUACAGUCCUAUUACCUUUGACAGGAAAAAUUCAUCUGUUCCAAGGAAAAAGAGAAAGGUUGGAAGCGGCUCAUCUGAACAACCAAAAUCCAACAAAGGUUCAGUCCAGUCUAAGAGAAAGAACUUUUUUCCAAAAAUUGUGAGCAAAUAUAAGCACAAAAAGAAGAAGCUUAAUGUUCCGGACAAAGCCAUACUCUCAGAAGACAGAAAUCCCAUUGAGCUUGCCUGGAGGAAUAAAAUUUGUAUAUCUGCCCUAAACACUCCAGAGCCAGUAAUGAUGCAUGAGCCUUUAGUUGGCAGCCAGAAAAGGAAAGCAAGGAAAACGAAGAUCACUCAUCUUGUUCGAACAGCAGAUGGUCGAGUGUCACCAGCAGGAGGGACACUGGAGGAAAAGCCAAAAGACCUUCCACAAAGCAGUCUUCAAAAAGCAUCGAGUGCAGAAACGGAUUGCAACAGUGAAUGCUCCGGAAAUGCAGAGACACAAGAAAAUCAUAGUAUUACAUCAGAUAUGCCAGCAGUGUCUGCAUUUUUUAGCUUAGCUGCUCUGGCAGAGGUAGCAGCAAUGGAAAAUGUACACAGAAAUCAGAGGGCCACACCUCUCCCACAUGAUGGACAGCCAAAUGAAAUGUCUCAGGCUCCAGUGCUUAUUUCCUGCGCUGACCAGUGAAGCUCCACUUUAUUGUAAAACAUUGUGCUUUACCUAAUAUCCUAGCCUUGUCUUUACCAAGGGAAGCUAGUCAGUCCAUGUGAUGGAAACUAUAGACUGCAAGCAAGUGCUUAUUGCUCUGAGUGGCCCAGAAUUCACUGGAAGCCAGACAUUAGCAACUUGGGCCAGGUCCUCAAAUCGGAACCCAGUAUGUAGGAGGGUGAUAUUAUUUGACUAUUAAUGAACAGGAAUGGAAUGAUCCCAGAGCUUGCUUUCUAUUGAAGGCUUUUAAACAGUAAAUAGGUGGUUGAUAUGAAGAAGGCUGCCUUUACUGUUAGUUCACACAGCAUCUCUUUUACCAACCAGAGAGUAUGGCAACUAGUUUCAUAUAAUGCCUAGUUAAAUGAAAAUGAAAAAAUCAACAACAACAAAAACACUGACGCACUGCACUAGUUAUUAUUAGAUAUUCUUAGUCAUUUUUGUACAUGAAGAUUUAAGUUCUAAGAUGGUUUAUAUUAAUAGGUUAUGCCUACGUUUAUAUUGUAGAAUGAAUAUAAAACCUGUUCCAGAGAACUCAAGGCAGCCUGGACAGAUGUACCAUUGUUAGCGGUGUUUGGGCAGCCACGUGGUCCAGAUGUUCUGCACUUUUAUAUUUGCCACCAGAGUGGUAGAGUUUACUGGCAAAAAUUCUGACAGGAUAUGUUUGGGUUUUGUUUCUUCUUAAUUUAGCUUUGAAUAACCAGGAUGAUGUGCAUUAGAAAAAGGAGUGGUGUAUGGAAAAGAAAAAUACUGCAGAAGAUUGACUUGUCUUUCAUGCCUUGGAAGGUUCCUUUAUUUUUGCAUAGAUAUCUGAGUGACUUGGUGAAACUUUCCUGUAAACAAAAAGUACUGCAAAUAUGUUUUUCAAAAGUGACCUUAGUAUUAUUUCACCAUUUUGAAAGACCUAAAAGCAUGACUUUUCAAUAUACAUGUACUCCGAUAAGCAUACCUUUUACAUUUUAAAGACACUGGCAUUGUUGUAGUUACUAUACACAGACGGCUUCAGAGUUUGUAUAAAGGGCCAAUUACAGUUUGUGUUGGUCAAGGGGAAAGUUUUAUGCAGAUAAACUACAACUGAAGAGUAAUGUUUGACUGAAUUCAGACCACCACAGAUCCACCUGCCAGCUUCUGUCUUUGCUUAUGCUGAAUUUUUGUGGUUUGCUCUCAUAAAUGCAUCCCAAAAGCCAGGCCAAUUGUAUCACUUGGCCUGCUGUCUUCACUAUUUCGACUUACACUAUUGUAUAACCAAGCAUUGAUUCCUACCAACAGAUGCAAAAUGAUCACUAGUAAUUAAUCUAAAGCUACAAAUUCAACAGGGUACUUCUUCAAUAGCACAAGAUGUUUCCCUAAUUUUUGCAUUGUAGCACAACAAUUUACCAAAUUGGACUCCAGCAAUAAUUUUAUAUUAGUCUUCGUCAUACUGGCUGAAUUUUUGAUAGUAUUAGAUUGAGUUUGAAGUUCUUUGAAUUAAGUCUUUAAAUGAUGCGAGUUUACAUCAUUCUAUCAGGCAUUCUUAUUUAUACUUGACUGAACUGAUAAUAUGUUUUGGGGUUAUUUUGUAACUAAUUUGAUGUAAUAGCCAUAUGGACAGUAACUCUAUUAAUGCUUGCUAGGUUUAGCCUUUCAUUGUUGUAGCUAAGUGAAAGUCUUUGGUUCGUUGUUGGGAAACAAUAUAACAAGAUACCACGUGAGCUGUAACGAAGGGUUAACGGUUUGACUAAGGUAGACAGCUUGGAAAGUCUCACUAAAACAGCACCAUCAGAGAUGCAUGUGUUGGAAGAAGGGAACAACAACAAAAGAACAACAAAAUUUCAGAGCCAAUGAGUCAGUGAAAAGGCUUUUUUAAAAAUUCAGGUGAAUAUAUGACUAAGAGCCCCUCAAAUGCCAUUGUAGCCUAUGGCAGUAUUUUUAAUAAGAUUUUAUUAAAGUUUUAUAAGUUAUUUUAACGAGACAGGAAAAACUAAAGACUUUAAACUGUUGGGUCACAGCAAGGUGGCUGUUGGAGUUUUGGACCACUUUAUAAUUAGCUGAAAUCCAAAUAUGUUACAGUGCAGGCCGUUCACCUUGACAAUGGUACUAACUUAUUUCUCUAGAAACCUUUAGAGUAGAUAUAUUUUUGUCAAAGCACCCCAUCCUUCCUCAAUUUAAAUUUCAAUAUUGUUCCUGAAGAUAUUUCUGUAUAUUAAUGGUACCUUUUUUAAAAGAAACAGAAAAUUACUUUUUUCUAUAUGAAUUAAUAUCUUACUUGAUCUGCUUUUCCUUGACUUUCCCUUAGAGAGGGGGUAGGGUUGGGUCAGUUUACUGGAUAUGACUGUUUUCAGAUACUUAUAAACCUUUUUGUAGAUAUGCUUAAUUUUUAAGCGAUUAGGCACUGAGAGUAGCAGAAAUCCUGCAAAGCUUUAUAGUUCACUAGGCAUUUGCCUUUGUUGGUUCUCUGAGUGACGUCUUGAUUUCAAUAGCUAGAGUUUUCCCUGAAUCUACUAGAAGGGGUAUCAGUAUUUUCAGGUAACAACGUCUGUUAGCACAACAAAAAUUUCAGACCAAUAUCUUACUGUAUUGGGGUUGGGUUUUUUUUUUUUUUUCCUUGUUUGUUUUGUUUUAAUUUUUAUUAAUUUCAGCUGCUUUUGUUUUGGAAAAAUCAUAUUGCUAUUGUGUGUACUUCAGUAUACCAGCAAACACUGUUACCUGUUAACACAUUGUCCACAAAUGCCUCUAGAAAAGAAAUUGUUGCACCUUAUGUAUAUCUCAAGCAAACCAAAAUAUGAUGCUUUUCUGCUUUGUUUAUUCUGAAUAUGUUGUAUCAUACUUUACUGAACCCAUUUUAACUUAGCUAAAGCUAUCAAUAUUUAUGCAUUUCACAUUAUUUUCUGGAUCUGAACCUGUGUAUAAAUCUUUCUUUAAAAAAAAAAAGAAAAAAAAAAAGAAAAAAAAAGAAGCAAUUACUUUAGUUGUUCUCUAUCACUUAUCCAUGGGAGUGGGGGAAUCUCAUCUCAAGUGUAAAAUGCAGUACUGUCCCACGUUUCCUUGGCUUUUAUUUAUUUAGUGAUCUUGGGUAUUUCAUAUAUAGUUUCGAGGUAUACAGAAUAUAUUGUUGUAGCCAAAGCUACAGAUGUAAGCAGCUGGGAGGAAAAUACUGUAAUGUCUUCGUAAUUAUUCUAGUACUGUAUGCAAAUAUGGGAAGAAUGUUCUGCAGAACAUUUGAGAUGCAGAUUCUUGUCCCCACAGUAGGUUAUUUUCCAGAUAUUAGACCAAAUCAAUGAAAAACAUCCAUGGAGAUCACUUACUUAAUGCUCUGCUUAUGGCAGUAACUACCCCUUGAAUGUGCUGUGAUUUCAGAAAUAGAGUAUAUUUAUUUAAGAUGACUGAAUGCUCUUUUAUACUAAUACAGUGUCCCAAAGUCAUGAGCAAAAGAUUUCUUGUUAAUUUGGGUUUCUCUUUCAUAGCAUUGGUGCAUGACUACUCAAAUUCACGUGGUAAGUGUUGUUGUUGGAAAUGGGUGCAGGAACAAGGGAUAGACGGAAGCAUGUGAACCGGUGUUCAAAUUCCAUCGUUGUGCUUUACUGUUUGGGUAAAAUCUACUUUUGUAUCGUAAGGCUGAAGAGCACUCUGCAGUCUGUACCAAGCAGAAACCCAAGAGAGUUGUAACUUGCAUCAGAAUGAGGGAACGCCUUAUAGUUUGGAUGCUGUCAUUUGGAACAGGAUAUUAAAUUGGAGCAGUUUAAUUCUGCUGCCUGUUUAGCUACUGUACAGAUACUGGAACAGAUUGAAGGCUACAGUUGUAGUCACGGGACAGCUAAGAGAGGUUAAAAGGAAAGCUGGCCUUUGUUCUCAGUAUGGUGAAGUUGUGGCAACAAAGAGGAGUUAGGAAAAAAGAUAUAUAUGUGCGCGCGCGUGUGUGUGUACAUUCUGAAAAAAAACUGUAGGAAAGACAAAAACGUAAUGGGUGUACAAGAUCUUGUAAUGUAUGUUGGUCCUUUGAGUGCACUCCCUUUUUUUGAAUGAUGAGUCUAAUAUGGCUACCUCUCCUAAAAGACUACUUUUGUUAACUUCCAUUUGCUUUCAGGCUUGGUCGUUUAAUCUUUUCAGCCAUUGAUGCCAUUUGUAUAUCGCUGUAUGCUUUACUUCCCAAGAGCAACAUUUUUCAGACAACAUCAUGCUGAAUAUACAGUGGUAGCCAAACUGUGUUGCUGGAGCAUUUUUGUUGAACCUCUGUCAUAGUCGUGUGAGUUGCCGGAUAUAGGCCCAUUAGAAUGGGUUGCGUAAGAGCAGGAAUUGCAGUGCUCAUCAGGUGGUGGACUUCAGAUACUCCUAGUGGUCAUGCAGUAAGCCAAAUGCUGCUCUUGAAAUUUAUUCUGGAGUUUACAUUUGCAAUCCUAAUUUCACAAGGAAACAUAACUGUGCAACUUUUGUGUUGUAUACCAUACAUUAUUCAUUAGACACUGUUUGUUUGCCGUGCUUGUUUUCUAGAUUGUAGAGCUCGUAGGUAUCUUUGCCAUAUUUUGUACUAUCUGUGGCAUUCUUCUUACCUUGUACAUAUUAUGAAACUAUCAUCUAAAGCUGCCAGAACAUUGAGUCAUUUUCAGGACACUGAGAGAUGAGAAUGAGUGCAUUUAGGCUGUGAAAGAGUUUUUUUGUUUUUUUUGUUUGGUUUUUUUUUUUUUUUUGCCUCCUCUCCUGAAUUUCCCAAUAAAAAGGCACAGAGAGCUUUAUUCUCUCACCUAACUGCUAUUAUAGUCUUUUAUAUACUCAGUAUUUUCUACUGAAUUGACAACUUUGAAGGAGCUUAUGAAGUGGAUGCACAUUUUAUGUUCCCCCACUGAUUAUUCUCAGACAGACAUCUAGGAAGAACUGACUUGAGACCUCCACUCAGCAACACACCUAGGCUUCUGCCUAAAACCAUCCUUAUUUGAGGGGCAGCAUUGCAGUUUGCAGUGUGACCGUGCAGGAGCCCUGAUUACAGACCACUGUGCCCCUAGAGUUGAGCUUUGGCUUCUGUGAUGCUUCUGGAGGAGGCAUGUUAUUUUGACCUUAGGGCCUUCAUUGACACAGAGUUUUAAAAACAAAUGCGAACACCUUAAUGUUUGUUGAGUUCUUCCAAAGAAUUAUAUUGUAAUUUCUGGGUCUCGAUUGUUAACGUAUGCCAGCAGACCCACGUUGUACUCUACUGGAAAAAAAAACACGUAUUCUGUCACACAGUACAACCUAAGUAACCAGGCUUCUAAACACAGUGCUCUAACCUACUCUUUUAACCUUGUUUUUUCCACGCACUGCUACACUUUAUUCAGUGGUCUGAAGGUGACAAAGGCAAGAGGGAGAGGGAUGUGUGUCUGUGUGUGUGUGUUACCUGUCUACACACAGACACACACACACACACACACACACACACUGGUAUGCAGUGGCUUGGAAGAUGUUACCUGUAUAAAAGCAUUCCCAUGUUAGGUCCCAAAACAACUUGAGGUUUCUCAGACAAUGGUUUUCAAACUUUCUUGGAAGAUUUCAUUCUCUUUCCUUUGCCUUACACCAUAAGGUGUAAUAUUCAAAAAUGUCUGAAAAGAUGCAGACACUGUGAGAACCUUCUUUCUCAGCCGUGCUUGCUUUUAAUAACCAGUCUGUGUUGACAGUUUUAACACAUCUGAUUUGCUGUGAUCUCUCUUUGUAGGGCCCAGUCCUUCAACCUUUAUUCUCAUGCAUAAUUCCACUAAUUUUUGACCCAGUAUUUGGCUUUAUUCUCUCCAAAGCUUGGUGUAAACAUGCCUUAUAAUAGUUCAUCUCCAUAAGUGGUAUAACGGAGCUACUGCCUUCUUAGAUGUGUGUAGUUAGAAGUCAAUAAGCACAUUUAUAAGAUGUCAUACUUUCUUCAAAAACCUCUAUCUAAUUUGAUAUUAAGUGCACAUGUUAAGUCAUGUGUAUAACAUGCUAAAGUACAUUAAACUGUGAUCAAAAACUGAAUAAAAUAUUUAAUAAAAUAUUUGAAAUAUUUGAAAAGGACCGUCAAAUAGAUUUCUUUAUGUUCGUUCUAUUUUGGUUUAUCUAGUGUGUGCCUGUAAACAGUUUCCCAUUUAAAACUAAUGAUUGCAAAUAAAUACUAUUAAAACAGA